UUUACGGAAGUAGUUGGUGGUUUGAGGGCGCACGGCACAGGCAGCCCGAAGACCUCCCUUGAUAUGCUAAUAUGCAGACAGAAGACCAUGUUUCAUGUCUAAAAACUGAUUUGGUAAAAUCUUGUGGGACAUUUCAUAUUCUUGUUGGCGUAACGGGAAGCGUUGCAGCCUUGAAACUGCCUCUUUUGGUCUCCCAGCUUCUUCAGCUCUCUGGGGUCGAUGUAAGAGUGAUCACUACGGAGCAUGCCAAGCACUUCUACAAUCCUGCAGAGGUUUCAGUAAAAAUCUACAGUGACAAAGAUGAGUGGGAGAUGUGGACGCAGAGAUCUGACCCUGUGCUACACAUUGAGCUAAGGCGCUGGGCAGACCUACUUGUCAUUGCCCCCCUAGAUGCCAACACUCUUGGAAAGGUUGCUAAUGGCAUUUGUGACAAUCUGUUGACGUGUGUGGUAAGAGCCUGGGAUACCAGUCGACCUCUCCUCUUCUGCCCUGCAAUGAAUACGGCUAUGUGGCAACAUCCCAUUACAGCCCGGCAGGUAUCCAGUUUGAAGGAGUUUGGUUAUGUGGAAAUCCCCUGCAUUGCUAAGAAGCUAGUGUGUGGAGAUGAAGGUAAAGGCGCCAGUUGAGAUGGUUUGAGCCUACUAGGAUGCCUGUGGAGGUAUUCCAGGCAUAUUCCACUGGGAGGAGACCAUGGUGGCAGACUCAGAACAGAAGAUUGGGAUGAUUAUAUAUCCCCUCUGAGUUAAAAAUGCCUCUGGAUCCCCCAGAGAAGGACAGGAAGAAGAAGUUGUGAGGUAGAAGGAUGCCUUUUGGGAAGUAAACCGUGCACAACAGCUGACCCUACUGAGCUAUAUCUUUACUAACAGAACUAAAGGAAAGGCCUCUGACUGAUAAGAAGAAGCAGUGGGGCAUGACCAUCACUAUUUCACACAGCACAUGGGAACCGCAAAGUAUUGUAAUAAAGACUUAAUCUCCUCAACUGCAGAGAAACGAGCAAAAUCAAGGCUUACUCUCUAUUCUGUAAUAACAAAGAGCACUUCCUAGGUACAUGUCCUCAGUUUCAGAACAAACAUCACUACCGAGCAGGAGACUGCAUGAAUCAUAGGAAACAGCAAAUGUGUGGGAGGGCAUAUGAACCUGUUCAGUAUGCUCUGUAAACAGAAAGCCAGAUACACACCACUGGUAUGUCAUCUGGGACAUGGGCUAGUGUAAAUGUGAUCAGUACUGUGUUCACACCAUAAUAAUCAGACUAUAGCACACCAUUCAUACACUGUACCCACCUUACAGAUAUAGUACGAGCAGUUCUCUGUAGUAAUUUCUGGCAGUAUACUGUAGAGUCUAUUUGUUUAAUUGCACUUGUUAGUGUUGUAUGUGGACUGUUUUGUAUUUGAGUAUUUGGCACACCUAUUGGUCUGGCAUACAUUCAGCUUAACAUGACUAAACAUAAGUCCAAUCUUUAGAUGUUGUCAUAGCAAUGCUGCACCUCUCUAACCCUCUUAUUUUAUGAUUGGAAAAAAACCACUUAACAUUUUAGUCAGUUUAUUAUAUUGUGCAUUUGAUUAGAACAUGAUAAAAUUUCAUGAGCAACUUUUCAUUUCAACCCAAUACAAACAUAUAUUGCAAGGGGAGUAUCGGCCAUAAGAGAGUUGAGUAUGAUUCCAAGAUUUACUGUAAUUUAGGCAAAAACCGAGGCUGGUUCAUGAACACAGACACUGAAGUAGAGUCCAACAAACAUCUUUUUAAAUGCCCUGGGGAAUCUCCACCUAUUGCAGGACUUAUUCCCCAGGGCAUCCCCUUUUUCAUGUAAUUAGGGAACUUUCCACCAUUAUUUCCAGGUUCUUUCCUUUGAGUUAAUCAUUUAUUCCAACUAAUCUGAUUUGGCAUCUAUCUAAUUGUGUUAUUUUCACACACAUUGAUGUCAGUCCAGGGUCUCCAUGGAUAAUUCGGGUGAUUUGUUUUGUUUCACCCGUUCCAUGACCCUGGUAGUGACGUGAAAAUUAUGGAGUCUUCCUUGUGCCUUCCAAGACCUAGGUUUUUCUUAAACCAUGAUCUAAUUUACCAUACAUGUACAUGUCAUUAAUUAACCAAUUACCUUGUGCCACUACAUACCUACAUCAUGAAUUACAUCCAUUUGUGUGCUACCCACACCAGUGACCACAUAACACACUUAGUGCACACAUCUUAAAUGCUAGUCAUACAUCUUGGCUUGCUUAAUACAAUAUUAGGUCUAAAUCUAAAAAAAUACCGCAACCUCACCACAGCAUACUCGUUAAGCAGAAAGUGUCCUAAUUAAGCCGUCUCGACCAUUAGUUAGCAAGGACAGUGCUCUAUAUACCAAAAGUGCAGCUACAGAGGCAGACUGUGUGAUAAAACAUGACGAGUUACACUUGCCCAUGUCUGGGUAACCGUACUUCAAUGUAUAAAUAGCCAGUAUGAGAGCACCUCAGCACUCACACAGUCUGAUAGUCGGAUGAUUGUGUUUCACACUUGCAAGUGAAUAAAACACAGAGAGAUACUCUUCUCUUUGUGAGUCUUUAUUAUGGGAAUUUCCACCACGCCUUCAAUGGAACUAAAUGUUU